CAUCGCCGUUUCAGUUUGUUCGCACUAGAGACCUUGUCGUCACCACCCUCCUACACGAAAGCUCAGCUUAACUAAAAGCUUGAAUCGAAGGACAGAGGAAGAACGACGAUGUCGGACAGCACCUUCACAUGCAUCGACAUCCUCGUGGCCAUCCUCCUGCCACCUCUUGGUGUCUUCCUCAAGUAUGGCUGCAAGAUUGAGUUCUGGAUCUGCCUUCUGCUGACUAUAUUAGGCUAUCUUCCCGGGAUCAUUUAUGCUAUCUGGAUCAUCACCAAGCAUUGAACGCACACCCUUGUGUGGCUCGAUUCGAAAAAGGAAUGAAGUGUGCUUGUUCUAUCAAGAAGAUGGGACCUUUUAUGCCCCAGUUGAUGGUGACCCUGGACUUGAUUGUGUGUGUAUAAUUCCACUCUAUAUUGGUGUGUCGGUGUUUCGUUUCUUUUAACCCGGUUUAAAUUUGCAAUUUGGGUUCCCAUCUGUCAGUUCAAAUAGAGUGGUUGGAAUGGUUGGGUAAUGUAAGUAAGUUGGAAUUGUUCUGUUGUUGAUUGUUGUAAAACUAUUGUUACGCAAGAAUUGUUAUCUGUAACUAGUUCGUGUCGUAAAUCUCGGUGGACUGCUUAUCGAAAA